GCUCGCUGCCCGCCCCGGGUGGGGCUGGCCCGGCCCCCGGGUGAGGCAAGAGCGGCGGGGCCGCGGCGGGACCUCCUCCCUCUUCGCUCCUGCCCCGCUUGGUGCCUCACUCGGUGCUCCUGGUGGCUCAGGGCGGUUCUGCGGGAGAUUCGGACUCGGCCCCACCCGGAGGAUCCCAGAGAUGGCGAAGUACACAAGAGGCACCGUGACAGCCUUCGCUCCUUUUGAUGCCAGAGCUGAUGCAGAAGCCCUUCGUAAGGCCAUGAAGGGAUUGGGGACUGAUGAAGAAACUGUGCUGACGAUCCUCACCACCAGAAACAAUGCUCAGCGUCAAGAAAUAGCUUCUGCCUUUAAAACCUUAUUUGGCAGGGAUCUUGUGGAUUACCUGAAAUCAGAACUUACUGGCAAGUUUGAAACCUUGAUGGUGUCUCUGAUGAGACCAGCAUAUAUUUUUGAUGCUCAUGCACUCAAGCAUGCUAUCAAGGGAGCAGGAACCAAUGAGAAAGUGUUGACUGAAAUUCUUGCCUCCAGAACACCUGCAGAAGUGCAGAAUAUUAAACAGGUUUAUCAGCAAGAGUAUGAAGCUGAACUGGAGGAUAAGAUCACAGGGGAAACAUCAGGCCAUUUCCAGAGGCUGCUGGUGGUGCUGCUGCAGGCGAACAGAGAUCCUGAUGUUGGAGUUGAUGAGGCUCUUGUUGAGCAGGAUGCUCAGGUUUUGUUCAGAGCUGGGGAGCUGAAAUGGGGAACGGAUGAAGAAAAGUUCAUCACGAUCUUGGGAACCCGCAGCGUUUCCCACUUGAGAAGGGUGUUUGACAAGUACAUGACAAUUUCUGGCUUCCAGAUUGAAGAGACCAUUGACCGUGAGACCUCUGGUGAUCUGGAGAAGCUGCUUCUGGCAGUGGUGAAAUGCAUCCGAAGUGUGCCUGCCUAUUUUGCUGAGACCCUGUAUUAUUCCAUGAAGGGGGCUGGCACUGAUGAUGAGACCCUGAUCAGAGUCAUGGUUUCAAGAAGUGAAGUUGAUCUGCUGGAUAUUAGACAAGAAUUCAGAAAGAAUUUUGCGAAAUCAUUGUAUCAAAUGAUUCAGAAAGACACGUCCGGGGACUACAGGAAAGCGCUGCUGCUCCUCUGCGGUGGGGACGAUGACUGAUGGGCAGGGGACACGCAGCUCUCCUUGUACUCCAGCUUUGCAGCCCUUCAUUAGCAUGUCUGCCUGAGGUUUUGUAUCUUAAUGCUUUGUGGCUGCUUGAAUUUAUACUAGGAUUGCACUUAGUAAAAAGGAGCGCUUUGUUAUCCCUCCUUGUCCCCAUGUCCCAACUUCCAGGAGUACCAAGUGCCUUCUGUGAUCUGCAAGAGUCACCUUCAUGGAAAGUGGGUGCUGAGCACAGAACCCAGUUCUUUACAGGUGUUUCGCUGGAAUAGGAAAAAAUAAUAAUGUAUUUCACAAUAAAUUCAAGAUUAUCCUUUUUUGCUUUUUAUUCCUUACAUUUCCACUGAGUGUUAAGCUAGUUCUAACGUGGCAAGCAAGGAAAUCCUUUAUAUGUAAUAUUGGAAUGAAUUUGCUGAACAUAUUACAAGCAAUCAUUGGAUUUCUAAAGGACCAAUAAAUUUUUCCCCUCUCA